UGGGGACAAUGGGACAUGCGGACACCGGGACAUGGCGACAACAGGACCUAGGGAUACUGGGGCACGCGUUCACCGGGACAUGGGGACAGCAGGACUUGGGGACAUUGGGACACACGGACACGGCGCAUGGCCGCCCCGCCCCUUCCCGCUGUGGGCGGGGCCGCGCGUGCGCGAGGGGCGGGGCGGCGCAGGGAGCGCGCGGGAAGGCGGCGGCGCCCGCCAUGGAGGUGAGCCACUCGGUGAAGGAGCGCACCAUCGCCGAGAACAGCCUGGUGAUCCUGCUGCAGGGCCUGCGCGGCCGCGUCACCACCGUGGAGCUGCGCGACGAGAGCGCGGCCGCGGGGCGCGUCACCAGCGUGGACGCCUUCAUGAACGUGCGCCUGGCCGAGGUGACCUUCACGGACCGGCAGGGCGCCGUGUCCCGCCUGGACGAGCUCUUUGUGACCGGCAGGAACAUUCGCUACGUGCACAUCCCCGACGAGGUGGACAUCCGCGCCACCAUCGAGGAGCAGCUGCAGGCCAUCCACAGGGUGCGCUACUUCGGGGCCCGCGACAAGGGACGCCGGGAGUUCCUCCCUGCCAAGAACAAGUGAGGGCCUGGCACUGCCCACAGCAGCCAGGAUGGGCCUGGGUGGAUGUGACCCUCUGAUGGACUGCCAGCUCUCUCUGUCCCACCCAGUGACAUCCCCCAAGGGACAUUUUCCUCCAAGGACUUGAGGUUCUGCUGUUCUCUCCACCUGCAGAGGAGCAGGACUGGUUUUUGUAGUGAAUAACACCAUUUAAAGGCUC